AACUUCACACGAGAGUUUGGAAUUUUGGAAAGUUUAUGUCAAAUUAUUAUUAUUUAUUUGUUAUUUUCCAAUUAUUUCCAAGUAAACUUUUUCAAUGCAAAGAAAAUGUCUGAUUUAGUAUCAAAAUGCGUUCUACGAGUGGAAGUAAAGGAAUCACGUCAAAAUCAAGAUUUAAGAGGUGCAGAAGCUGUAGUGAACACAGAAAGUAGACUGAAAAAUCGGGGACAAAGAAGAGCGAGGGAUAUUAGUGUUGAGACAUUUCCAAGUCGCCUCGAAAGUCCCAGAGAUGACUGGGGACUAUUACCAAAAUAUUCUAGAGAAGUUACUCCUGUUAGUGAGGCACCAAAAGAUUCUGUAGAAAAGGACAACGAAAUUGGAUUUUUCAGUGGUAAUCCCUUUGUUGAAAUUACCAAAGGUAUCCUUCAUCUUUAUAAGGAGGAUGUCCUAACCAGCAGAAAAGAUGCCCUUACAUUGUGUAUGUUAGGGGUACCAACUACUAUGGCCUGUCAUGAUCUCCUGACAUUCACAGCACCAUGCCAUGAUGAUAUUUCUCAUAUAAGGGUUUUAAGAGAUUCUAUGCCCAACCAAUAUAUGGCUCUAUUAACAUUUAGAAACCACGACGCUGCAGUUGAGUUUUAUUUAACAUUCAAUGGCACUCCGUUUAGUAGUCUCGAACCUGACAGUAUUUGCCGCAUAGUAUGGGUUUCUAAGGUAGAAUGGGCCCAUGAUGGAGUCCCACCACCUGGCCACACCGAACUACCAAUAUGUCCAGUGUGUCUAGAACGCAUGGAUGAAUCAGUGGAUGGAGUGUUGACGAUUCUUUGUAAUCACGCAUUCCACGCUAGUUGUUUGGAACAGUGGGGCGAUUCCACCUGUCCAGUUUGUAGAUGUGUCCAAAGUCCAGAAACGGCUGAAAGUUCAGAAUGUGAAGAAUGCGGCAGUUCUGUACCUUCCCCUGAUUCUCUUUGGAUAUGUUUGAUCUGUGGUCAUGUAGGAUGUGGAAGAUACCAAGGAGGACACGCAGCUUCACAUUAUAGAGAAACUGGUCACUGCUAUGCUCUACAAUUAGGCUCUCAUCGUGUAUGGGAUUACAAAGGUGAUAAUUUUGUACACCGACUUCUUCAGAAUAAAGCUGAUGGAAAGCUUGUACCAUCAGAAGGUCCUCCUUCCGAAGCUGAAGGAGCUCAAGAAAAAGUUGAUUCCGUACAACUUGAAUUCACCUAUCUUCUUACUUCACAAUUAGAAGAACAACGAAUGUAUUUUGAAGAUAAAAUGUCAUUAUUGGAAAGUCAAUUAUCCGAAGAAACAAAAAUAUUAAGAGAAAAUAUGGCAGCUGUGUCUGAAGAAAAUAAACAGCUGAGAACUAAACUGGCAAAUGUUACAAAAGAAAAACAAGCCUUGGAGAAAAAGUUACAACAACAGCAUUCAAAGUUAACUUCUACCUUAAACGAUCUAAGUGAAGAGCGACAAUUGGGCAAAGCUUUAAGAAACAAUCAGCAACAAUGGCAGACAAAAAUUAAUAAGCUGGAAGAGAACUUUAACGAACUUAGAUCGCACAAAGAAAGAGAAAUUACUGAUUUAAAAGAACAAGUUCGAGAUCUUAUGUUCUUUAUAGAUGCUCAGCGGGUUAUUGAAAAGUCUGACGAAAAGGAAGAUAUAGCAACAGGCACAGUUACAAUAGGUGAAGCUCCAGAAACGUCGAAACGAAAGAAGGGAAAGAAGAAGCGCUAAAAGUAUUAUUUAUACCUACCAAGCCCAAUUUUCUUAUCCAGUAUAUAUUUGCCAGGCUUAAUAAAAAAUGUUCAACUAGCUACAAUUUUAAAGAUUUAGUAACAGAUUGAGAUUUAAAUGUAAUAUACUAGCAUUAACUGAUAUCACCCUGUCUUUAAUGUCAAUGCUAUGUAGUAUGGGGAAAUAUGCAACAAAACCUUGUUCGGGAAUGUGAAAAAUCCAGGUACUUAUCUGAAUUUUUUUAGUUAUUAUUCGCUCCGUGCAUGACUGACGUUACACCUAGCGUCGUCACUUGAUAUUUUUGGCGACCACAAUUUGAAGUUAAGCAUAUGAUAAAUACAUAUUGUGAAGUUGCAAAUUAUUAAUAAUAAGUUGACCAACCCGGGAGCAGUCGCGCUCACUUCUGUAACGUGAACAGUCGCGUGUUAGAUUUUAUCUCACAAUACGAAUUUAAAUACGAAUUUACAACAAAUUUUUAUUUUUAUAGUAUUUUUAUUUAGUUGCUAUGUUAGAAAUAUUAUUUCUAACAAUGAUUAAAGCUAAUUGGCUCUCCCCAAAGCCAUAAAUUCGACAAAAAGAAGAAGAAGAAAAAACCUAAGCAUUACUACACCCUUCCUCGAGGCACUUACGAAAUUAUUUCAAAAUUGCAAAAUUUUUCAUCAAGUUAUCGCGAAAACGGAUAAAAUUUUAGAUUUUUUCUAACGCCGCGACUGCUUGCGGGUUAACGAUAUUUUUUCAAUUUAUGUAUAAAAUGGAUGUACAUAGUAUUAAAAACUGGGUUUCUAAAAAUUCAUCACAAUAUUUAUCUUUUCAACCCCAAAUGGAACAGAAAGGGGAAAAUCUAUCCUCGUUUUUAAACUAGGAGAAGUAAUUCAAAUUUACCGCGCUGUAAUGCUUGUUUGUAAUUGGUCCAACCGCAGGCAAGUUUACUCCACUAAAUUAUGAAAUUUUGACCCUAUUGACUUUUAAAAUUUUCAGGUUAAUUAAUUAUAUCGGCGAUUGUUUGUGUUUUCUGAGUUAUUUCUUUAAUUUUUCGAUUUUAGUCCGCAUUUAUAUAAAAAAACUGUUGUUUUUAGAACUCUUUAGCGAAUUAUUAGUCUUAUACAGGGUGUUAGUAAAUAAGUAUGAAAAACUUUAAGGGGUAAUUCUACAUGAAAAAAUAAUGCCAGUUUGCUCUAUAAAUGUAUGUCCGCAAAUGCUUCGUUUCCAAGAUACGGGGUGUUGAAAUUUUUUUUCAAACUGCGAAUUUUUUUAUUGCUCUAAGACUUUUUAAGCUAUUAAAAUUAAACUUGGUGGGUUUCAAGAGGUAGUUAUUGCGCAUUUUUUGGCAAACAAAUAACAAUUUUAUAUUCAUCAUUGGCGUGCCUACGGGUAAUGGUUUGAAUUUUUUUAAAGAAAAAAAUAAUAAGCCACUGAGAUAUUUCAAAUUAAAAAUUAUUUUUGUAUUCCACGUUUAAUUUAUGAUAGAGAACCUUUCUUGUCUUUUUUUUUCAUAUGGUGCACCGUUUUUAUGCAAAGAAAUAAAACAUCGCGCGUAUUUUUCAUUUCGUAAUACAUUAUCAAGAACUCUCCAAUAUAAUAAUGCCAAACUAGAACAAUAACAGAAAAUAUUUCUAAAAAGAUUUUAACUAUGUGCAAGGCUACAAUAAAUGUUCAAAAUUACCUCCUUUAAAGGUGACAGAGUAAUUUUAUAUUCACCAUUGGCGCCCGUACAGGUAAUGGCCGGAAUUUUUUAAAGAAAAAAAUAGUACGACCCUGAGGUAUGUCAAAUUAAAAAUCAUUUUCAAUUCCUCGUUCAAUUUACGAGAAAAAAUCGUUUUUGCCUUUUUUUCAUAUGAGGUGCCGUUUUUAUGCAAAAAAUAAAAUAUCUUAACGUUUACAAAGUAUUUGAAAUAAGUUUCUAUACGUAUGGAAUCUACCUCGAAUAAUUUGUAAGCGUUAAGAUGUUUUAUUUUUUUGUAUAAAAACGGCGCCGCAUAUGAAAAAAAGACAAGAAUGAUUUUUGUCGUAAAUUGAACGAGGAAUUCAAAAAUUAUUUUUAAUUUGACGUUUCUCAGUGGCGUACUAUUUUUUUUUCUUUAAAAAGUUCAGACCAUUACCUGUACGGGCGCCAAUGGUGAAUAUAAAAUUAUUCUGUCACCUUUAAAGGAGGUAAUUUUGAACAUUUGUUGUAGCUUUGCACCUAGUUUAAAUCUUUUUAGUAAUAUUUUCUGUUAUUGUUCUACUUUGGUAUAAAUUAUAUUGGAGAGUUCUUGAUAAUGUAUUAAGAAAUGAAAAAUAAGCUCGAAGUUGUUUUAUUUUUUCACAUAAAAACGGUACACCAUAGGAAAAAAUACAAGAAAGGUUCUUUUUCAUAAAUUAAACGUGGAAUACAAAAAUCAUUUUUAAUUUGAAAUAUCUCAGUGGCGCACCAUUUUUUUCUUUAAAAAAAUUCAGACCAUUACCAGUACACGCGCCAAUGAUGAAUAUAAAAUUGUUAUUUGUUUGCAAAAAAAUGCGCAAUAACUACCUCUUGAAACCCACCAAAAUGUAAUUUUCAUAUCUCAACCAGCCUUAGAGCAAUAAAAAAAUUGGCAGUUUGAAAUAAAAAUUUUAACACCCUGUAUCUCGGAAACAAAGCAUUUGCAGAUAUACGUUUAUAGAGCAAACUGCCAUUAUUUUUUCAUGUAGAAUUAUCCCUUAAAGUUUUUCAUACUUAUUUACUAACACCCUGUAUAAGUUGUCCAUAGUGAUUACUGGAUUACCGUCGAAAGCCAACCAAAAAAGAAGAUGAAUCUGGUGAUUUUUAUAGUGACAUUUAGUGCGAUUCUGUCUUUUGAGUUUAUUCCUCCUAGUUUAAAUAUUUUCUAAUUUAUUUGUCAUUGUUGGAGGUCUAUAGAAAUUACGCUUACUUUUUUGGGUAUUAUUAGCACAAUUAAAUACUUGCGCAACAUCUAUUUGCCAUUUUUGAUAAAAUUUGUUAUACAAACAACGACACAGACGUUGCAAACAAUCGCCAAAAUUGUCAUAUGUCGCCGCUACUCACGCUGGUAUCGUUUCAUGUACCCCCACCAUGGUCACGCACGGAGCGAAUAUCAUAGACAUAAUAAGGAUAGACAAGGCAUACUGAGGAAAAUAGCGUAACGCGCGGGCAGUCGAUCGGUGGUCUAUCUAUCUCUUUUUACCGAGCGAUCCCGCGUAUGUGACAGCCAAAGAUGGCUGCCAACUCAAAGUAAAUAUUGGCCAAUGGCGUCCUUGAUAUCGGCGGUACACCUCGAUGCACAGAUCGGCCCAUAUCUUAGCUAGUCUAUUUUUAUUAUGUCUAUGGCGUAUAGGCUAGCCUAUAAUAACUAAAACGAAAUUCGGAUACCUGGAUUUGUCACAUUUCUGAACAAGGUAUUUUUUUGCUUAUUUUCCUUGACUAUUUGUUAUCUAAACUAGUUUAUCUUCUGGACUAAAGAGUAAAGUUUAUUUCAACGAAUUUUGUUGACGAAUUUAAAAUGUCUUGGGUUUGGAAAAAUAUAGCGUAAGACUAUUUUAAUAAAUAUUUUUCGAAUUUGUGGUUUUUUGUAUAGAAUUUAUAUAUUAUGUGUUAUCUUUGGCUACAAUAAAGUAUUGAUUAUGAAAAUCUA